AUGACGACGACAACAAAUACUCGUCUAUUUAUUCUUGUUACUGGCGCAGCUGGUAGAAUUGGUAGUUAUUUUACUAAAAAUGCUAAUAAACAGAAAUAUAAACUUCGAUUAAUGGUACAUCCUUCGAAUCCGCCAGAAGAAGUUGAAUCAUUAAAAUCACAUGGUGAAGUUAUCGAAGCUGAGUUGGAGAAAGUGGAAAGUUUAUUAAAAGCAUGUGAAGGUGUUCAUACAGUUUUUCAUUUAGCUGGACAACCAACAGCGAAAAAAUCGGGCGUAAAAAGAGUCAUUUAUGCAAGUUCUAUUCAUGCUAUAUCAGGUUAUCCUAUAGAUACACAAGUUAGAACAAUCGAUCUAGUAAAUCCAGGAGAUCUUUAUGGUGUAAGUAAAUGCUUUGGUGAAGCACUUGGACGCUAUAUGGGUGAGCAAGAAGGACUUUCAACAAUUGCAAUACGUAUAGGUUCCUACCAGCCUUAUUCAAUUAUAAAAGAUGAAUCAAGAAGUGCUGCAUUUAUGAAUAGUUGGUUGUCACAACCUGAUGCUGUUCACUUAUUCGAAAGAUGUAUUGAUGCACCACUUACUCUAAAAUUCGCAAUUGUACAUGGUCUUUCACGUAACACAUUUAAUCGAAUGGACAUUAAUUCAACCUGUGAAUUAUUGGGUUAUGAUCCACAGGACAAUUUUUUUCAAGCACAGGAAUGUUUUAAACCAUUAAAUAUAACAAAUAGAUUUCCUACAUUUAGUCUUCAUGAUUCGCAACAAAAAUCUGGUCUUCGAGAUAAAUCACCAGAACAAACAAAAGAGAAUUAG